AUGGCACCAAAGAAGGAUGUAAAGAAACCAGCAGCAGCUGCAGCACCAGCACCCGCGCCAGCACCAGCACCCGCCCCAGCUAAACCCAAAGAACCCGCAAUUGAUCUCAAGAGCAUCAAGAUCGAGUUCUCCAAGGAGCAACAGGAUGACUUCAAGGAGGCCUUCCUCCUCUUUGACAGGACUGGUGAUGCCAAGAUCACCCUGAGCCAGGUUGGUGAUAUUGUCCGGGCACUGGGGCAGAACCCUACAAAUGCCGAGAUCAACAAGAUCCUGGGCAACCCCAGCAAAGAGGAGAUGAAUGCCAAGAAAAUCACUUUUGAAGAGUUCUUGCCCAUGUUGCAAGCAGCUGCUAACAACAAGGAACAGGGUACCUAUGAAGACUUUGUUGAAGGUCUGCGUGUCUUUGACAAAGAAGGCAAUGGCACAGUCAUGGGGGCUGAACUCCGUCACGUACUGGCUACUCUGGGUGAGAAGAUGACAGAAGAGGAAGUAGACGAACUUAUGAAAGGUCAGGAAGAUUCCAAUGGCUGCAUCAACUAUGAGGCAUUUGUAAAGCACAUCUUAUCUGUUUAA